CAAAGAUGUUGCGGGGAAGGAGUUCUUGACCUCGGCUUUGUCAACUGCUGCGUAGCGUCGACGGUGGACAGCAAGACAAAGAGCCAAGUCCCUGUUUAUUGAUGUGAUUUGACCCAGUCCACCUUGAGCCUAAUCAGCCUACAUUCUGCAUUCUCAAUGCUACGCUGGAGCUUUGUCAUACAUAGUAAUUGAGCUGCUUUUGGGACGAUAAAAUUUGGUCGCGCCCAAUUGUGGACGGAAACUAUCGCAUUAGUCAGGCAGCCAAAAAUUGACCUCUGACAAAAGCUAUCACCGAUCGGCCCCGACGUCAUCCCUUGCCCCUCCGAGCAACUUUGUAAUAGAAAGCUAGUCUUUCUCGCUGGUUACUUGACGCUGGGUCCCUGCCGCUCGUGAUCCUGCGACGACCGUGUCUAUUGAACGGAACAAACUCGAGUUCAUUGCAGUAUGUUGCGCACGAUACCGACCCGGGUCCUUCGCAGGACAUCGGCUGCAGCAUCCCGACCAGCCUCAUUCUGCCGCUGCGGAAGAUUGCUCUCGACGACGCCUCGCAGGGCGAUGCCUCCAAUAACGAGCACUUCCCUCCCUUCCGUCAACCCGCCUUUGACCGCCGCCCUUCCUUCCGACUCUUUCCAUCUCCUCCCCGAAGCCAAGAAGGCCGGCGCCGCCGAAGAUGCUCUCUAUGAGCAACAGGUACGCGACGUCGAGGCCUGGUGGGCAACGCCUAGGUAUGCUGGUAUCACCAGGCCGUACACGGCUGCCGAUGUGGUAUCUGCCCGAGGCUCGCAGCAGCAGUCAUACCCGAGCUCGACAAUGGCAAGAAAACUAUGGAACUUGAUACAAGAGCGCAAGGCCGAGGGCAAACCCAUUCAUACUCUGGGUGCCAUCGACCCAAUCCAGAUGACGCAGCAGGCUGCUCAUCAAGAGGUGCUCUAUGUUUCCGGUUGGGCGUGCUCCAGCGUUCUGACUAGCACGAACGAGGUGUCUCCGGACUUUGGCGACUAUCCGUACAACACAGUGCCCAACCAAGUACAGCGCCUUGCAAAGGCCCAGUCGAUGCAUGAUCGGAAACACUGGGAUGCACGACGAAAGAUGUCGGCACAAGAACGCUCCUCUACUCCCUACACCGAUUACCUGCGCCCCAUUAUCGCGGAUGGCGACACAGGCCAUGGUGGCCUGACAGCAGUUACCAAGCUUGCCAAACUCUUUGCCGAAGCAGGUGCCGCAGCUGUUCACUUUGAAGAUCAGAUGCACGGAGGCAAGAAGUGUGGCCAUCUCGCCGGAAAGGUCCUUGUGUCCACGGGUGAGCACAUCAACCGCCUGACUGCGGCGCGUAUGCAGUGGGAUAUCAUGGGUACCGAAAACCUUGUCAUUGCCCGUACGGAUUCAGAGUCUGGUCGGUUGAUUAGCAACAACAUUGAUGCCCGCGAUCACGAGUUUAUCCUCGGAGUGACCGACCCAUCAGCGGCACCGCUGGCGGGAACUUUGCAGAACAUGGAGGCGCGCGGCGCAUCAGCUUCAGAGAUUGACGCCUACGAGGCUGCCUUCACGCGCGAUCACCCUCUGGUGACCUUUGACGAAGCAGCUGUCUCACACAUGAAGAAACACAACGUUGACCCAGCGGAGUACGAGGCUGGCGUUGCAAAGGACCGGGACAUGAGCAUCUGGGAUCGCCGAGCCUUGGCCAAGGACAUUCUGGGUGCUGAUAAGCCUGAUGUCUACUGGGAUUGGGACGUUCCCCGUACGAGAGAGGGAUACUAUCACUUCCGCUCAGGGAUGCGUGCCGCUACCAAACGCGCGCUCGCCUUUGCGCCGUAUGCUGAUCUCCUUUGGGUCGAGACCGGCGACCCCUCUGUCUCCGUCUGCCGACAGCUCGGGCGCGCAGUGAAGGAGGCCUAUCCGGAGAAGGCUCUGGUGUAUAACCUGAGCCCGUCGUUCAACUGGAUGGGUCACGGGUUCACGGAGCAGACGCUCAAGUCUUUCAUAUGGGACAUCGCCAAGGAGGGCUUCGUCCUGCAGCUCGUGAGCUUGGCGGGUGUACACACCAACGCUACUGCGACGUGCGAGCUCGCCAGGGCAUUCAAGGACGAAGGCAUGCUGGCGUACGUCAACCUGGUGCAGCGCAAGGAGAAGGAGAUUGGCUGUGACGUCCUCACUCACCAGAAAUGGAGCGGUGCGGCGUACAUGGAUCGCAUUGUCGGGGCUAUCCAAAGCGGAAGCUCGACUAGCAAGAGUAUGGGAGCUGGCAACACAGAAGGACAGUUUCACUAAAUACGUUGUACAAGUUUAAUUGAGUCACAAGUUCAUUGCAUGGUGCUUGUGAAGCCCUUCAUUCAAUUCCCUCUGCUCCGCCUUGAAUUAACGUUAUGUCCACCCCAUUUCCAACAAGGUUCGCUGUGCAAUGCCAAAUGAAAACACGAG